AUGUUCUCUACCUCAUCCAAAUAUUUCUCCGUGGUCCUCUCGUGCAUUGAGGCCACAGCUACAAACACGACGGCUGGCUCGGGAAGCCGUGUAGCCGAGGCUUCGACCUCGGACUACCGUGUUGCUGUCUUUGGUGCCGGUGGAGUUGGAAAGUCUUCAAUAACUCAGAGAUUCGUAAAAGGAACAUUCAACGAGAACUACAUUCCAACUAUUGAAGACACGUAUCGACAAGUGAUUAGUUGUAAUCAGAAGAAUGUUUGCACUCUUCAAAUUACGGAUACAACUGGAAGUCAUCAGUUUCCCGCAAUGCAAAGGUUGUCAAUUAGCAAAGGAAAUGCAUUCAUUUUGAUCUACAGUGUUACGAACAAACAAUCAUUUGCUGAGUUGCCUCCCAUAGUGGAAAUGAUGAAGGAAGUGAAGGGAAACGCAAUUGCGGAAACUCCAAUUAUGUUGGUUGGAAACAAGAAAGAUGAAGAAUCCAAAAGAGAAGUGUCAACAGCUGGAGGUCAAAAGAUUGCAACUGCCUGGGGAUGUGGAUUCAUCGAAACAUCAGCGAAAAAUAAUGAGAACAUAACAGAACUGUUUCAGCAACUUCUUGCUCUCGAAAAGAAACGACAAUUGGCAUUGACAAUGGAUGAUCCAGAUGGCAAAAAUGGGAAAAAGAAAGGGUGUCAUAUUAUGUAG